AUGGGAAUUGAUCAGGUUUCGUUGUCUGUUCCAACUUCGAACGUUAUCCCUUUCACCAUGGCGACCAGAUUGCAGUACGAGAAUAAUUGUGAGAUUGGGGUUUUCUCCAAGCUCACCAAUGCCUAUUGCCUUGUUGCUAUUGGGGGUUCUGAGAACUUUUACAGCACGUUCGAGGCUGAGUUGGCUCAUGUAAUUCCAGUGGUUAAAACUUCGAUUUCUGGUACUAGAAUCAUUGGACGCCUCUGUGCCGGAAACAAAAAUGGGUUGCUUUUGCCCCACAACACUACUGAUCAAGAGCUUCAACAUCUGAGGAACAGCCUACCAGAUUCAGUAGUUGUUCAGAGAAUUGAUGAGAGGCUAUCUGCACUCGGGAACUGCAUUGCAUGCAAUGAUCAUGUUGCUCUUACCCAUCCUGAUCUUGACAAGGAAACUGAGGAGAUGAUUGCUGAUGUUCUUGGGGUGGAAGUCUUCAGGCAGACUGUAGCUGGCAAUAUACUUGUUGGAAGUUACUGUGCCUUUUCCAACAGAGGUGGCUUGGUUCAUCCUCACACCUCUAUAGAGGAUCUAGACGAGCUCUCGACCCUCCUUCAGGUCCCAUUGGUUGCUGGGACUGUGAACCGUGGCAGUGAGGUCAUAGCCGCUGGACUUACGGUCAACGACUGGACGGCAUUCUGUGGGUCUGACACCACUGCCACCGAGCUUUCUGUUAUUGAGAGUGUUUUCAAGCUGAGAGAGGCGCAACCGAGAUUUGUGCUGGUGACUGAAAACUGUGGUCUUUUUAUUUGUCUUAACAUUUCUAUAGGAGACGGUGAUAUUCAUAUCGUGGGCUGCCUUAUGGUAGCACUUAAGAAGAGGCCUAGGAAAUUCGGACAAGUGCCUGAGGGUCUUAGUUUCCCAUCGGCAUUUUCAAGGUGGGUCAUGGAAUGUGUCACAACUCUAUCCUACUCAAAAAACAUUUCAAAGGGGCACGUGGACUUAGGCAAGGAGGACAAGGUCUUUGGAAAGACCAGAGUGAAAGAGUGGUUAGUUAUUAUCGACCAAAGUGUUGGAGAGGACAGAAAUCUGAUUCCAAUUAUCGAUCAGAAGAUUGUAAGCUCGGUUGCAAGGAGGGUUAGCGUAUUUGAUGGGGAUGCUCUCACGCCAGAUGGUCGAGUUGAAGGGAAAUGUUGGUCCUCACUCUUAUAUACCAAAGUGCUAGGUUCUCGAGCAGUGGCAAUCCGGAAGAUAGAUCGAGGAGAAGAGUCGAGAUUAAUGGCUUCGUCAACCUCUUCGUCAGACUCGUUAUCAGACGGAGGGGUUAAGAAAUGGAAGGUGCGGUCCAAGAGGAAAUGGAAGGUGCGGUCUAAGAGGAAGAAGGACAGGAUAAGCCCAAAAGAAGAAGAGGCCGCAAAGGAGCUCGGGGGGCUCAUACCGUGGCCGAUGGAGGCAGCGUCAGACUCGCUAGUGGCAUGGAAGGCAGGUGAAUCUGAAAAGGAAGAAGGGCACGGUGGUCGACGACGGUGUCUAGGCGACGAAAGCUUGAAACUUUGCAGAAAGGGGUACAUGAAAAGUAUAUCGCAAGAAAGCUUGAGAGAGGUAGAAAAGUUGAAAAAAUGGUCUAGAAGCUCUAUUUAUAACAAAGGAAUGGGAAACACAAAGAGGUCAACGACCCUAGCCGUUGGAUCAGGAUCAAAAUGGGUGGAGGAGAUUAAAAGGAGAAUGUGA